AUGGCUUCCCUGCAAUGGCGUCCGGGGAGGCGAGUCGCGAUCGUGGGCGGAGGCCCUGGGUCGAUCUCCGCGGGCCUCGCCUUCCUCGCCCGCGGCUUCGAUGUGCGCAUCUACGAGCGCCAGCCGGAAUGCAAGGCAAUCGGGGGCGCGGUCUUGUUGUCCACCCCGGUUAUAUCGAUCCUGCGGGCAUACGGUCUGAGUCUAGAGCAUUUUGGCGGCCACACGGUGACCUACUUUAAGAACAAAGCCGGGGGCGAGCGCGUCAAGCUCCCGUUCAACCCGACAGUCGAACAGCGCAUGGGGAUCAAGGGGUGGCACUACGGAGUGCUGCGGUCGUCGAUCUUCCAGCGGAUGCUCGAGCUGGUGCCGGCGGGGGUGAUCCACGCGGACCACGAGUUUACCGCGUACACGGAGACGGCCGAGGAGAUCGAGUUACACUUCACCAACGGGCAGCGCGUGACGGCCGACAUCCUGGUGGGCGCGGACGGCAUCCGCUCCCGAGUCUCGCGGCAGACCUUCGGGGACCCAGGGCUCUUCCACACGGGCAUCCGGCUGUGGUUGGCCUGGUGCGACUUCAUCCCGGACAUCCCGCCCCACUACGGUUACGUCUCGCACGACUGGCAGCACCAGGCCAGCUUCUUCCCCAUGGUGCACGACGGCAAACCGGGCUUUGAGUGGUGGGUCGUCGAGCACUCGUACGAGGGCAAGCCCGUUCCCGCCAACCCCAAGGAGCACCUGACUGCCAUCCUGAAGGACUGGGCCCAGCCCAUGCCCCGCUUCCUGGAGGCCACUGACUUCGACACCCAGGUCUACCGCUGGGAGAUCUACAACCGGCCCUCGAUGAAGAAGUGGUCGCAAGGACGGGUGGUCUGCCUGGGUGACGCUGUCCACCCCGUCUCGCCCUACGCCGCCUACGGCAUGGGCAUGGCCAUCGAGGACGGGUAUUUCCUGGCUCGCGCGCUGGACGGCGUGGACUUGCGGGAUGUGCGCGCAUGCACCGCCGCGUUUGAGAUAUACGAGGCCGAACGCGUGGACUAUGUGAAUCAUAAUAUGGAGUUCGCGCGGUUCCUGGGGAGGAUGUUCCACGGGCUCCCGCGUCCGCUGGCGUACGUCCGCGAUCUGGUGUUUGAUUAUACCCCGUUCCUGAAACGGUUUCUGGGCGAUGGGUAUCUGAAAAAGGCGGAAAAGGAGACGCUGGGGUUGAAAGAGCUACAGGUCGCUUCUGUGUAG